UCAAUGUUUGACAAUGCACAAAAAGAGGAGGAGAGAAAAAUGUCAUGGUGCCAUCAUGGCCUAGCUACAUCAGUGGUUUAUUCUUCUCCCAUUGAUCUCACACUAGCAGACAUGGGACCCUGGCUGAGUAAUUUACUGAUUCUUGCUGCAUGUUGUUAUGAAUGCAGAGGAGAAGACUCAGUCAUUCAGCCACCAGGAGAUGUGAUCGCUACUGAGGGAGAACAGGUCACACUGGACUGUCAAUUUGAUGCCGUUAAUAUGAACAAUAUCUACCUGUUCUGGUACAAGCAUGAAGUGAAUGACUUCCCAAAGUUCAUGUUGGGCCGUUUUCCUUUUGGAAGUAAAAAUGCCACUGAGUUCAAGGAUAGAUUUGAUGCCCAUCUCGAUGCAGACUCCAAGUCAGUCCCCUUGACGAUCCAGAGGUUGCAGCUGUCUGACUCUGCUGUGUACUACUGUGCUCUGAGGCCCACUGUGACAACAGGAUACACAGCCUCAUUACAAAAACUAUUUGAUAGAGGACAAAUAACACUUGUCUGUCAUUAUGAAACAGACGAUCCAAGUCCAUAUCUAUUCUGGUACGAACAGCGAGCAAACGACUACCUCAAGUAUAUGCUUAUGCGAUUCAAUUUUGGAACUGGGGACAAUGCUACUGAGUUAAAGGAGAGAUUUCAUGCUGAUCUUGAUUCCAACUCCAAAUCAGUCCCCUUGACGAUCCAGAGGGUGCAGCUGUCUGACUCUGCUGUGUACUACUGUGCUCUGAGGCCCACUGAGCUGAUUGUGGAAAACAGGAAAAGGGGGGUCGAACAGGCCCCCAUUAACAUCGGCGGGGCUAUACUGGAGCGGGUUGAGAGUUUCAAGUUCCUUGGUUUGCACAUCACUAAAGACACAAUCAUGGUCCAAACACACCAAGACAGUCGUUAUGAGUGCACGACAACACCUUUCUCCUUCAGGAGACUGAAAAGACUUGGCAUGGGUCCCCAGAUCCUCAAAAUGUUUUACAGCGGGGACUCCCGAGUGGAAGAGAUCCUGGUUCAAGUCCAGGCUCUGUCGCAGCCAGCCGCAUCCAGGAGACCCAUGGGGGGGGCACACAAUUGGCUCAUCGUCGUCUGGAGGACGCGCGGCUCUCGACCUUCGCUUCUCACGAGUCCGUACGGGAGUUGCAGUGAUGAGACAAGACUGUAA